AUGCUGCAUACCUGGGACUUUGGUCUGACCACCACCUCAAUGUCUUCCCCCAGAAAGCCACGUCUCAGCGUCAUCACCUCGUUCAAUUCCAAUCGAGACUCGCUCUCCGCCCGCAAUGUCUCCAGCCCCUUCAGCCUCGCCAUCCCCGGCCGCAACAGCAAGCGCUCAUCACGUCCAAUUUCAAUACCCUUGAGUAUCAGACCAGCGAGUUCAGUAUACUCACAAGAUCAAGAUGAUUUCGACGAAGGCAAAGACAAGAUCACGCCUCUCAAGCCGGCAGUUAUUCUUGCUGAACGACCCACCCGUCCACACCUAGAGAACAGGCAUUCGAGGGCGCUUGCUGCGUACUACACACAGUGCAGCUUGCAGUCAGCUGAGAAGAGGAAGUUCAAUGUCACAUACUGGGGUAUUGAUGAUCGUGUGUUGGCUCUGUCUGUGACGCUCUCGCUGGCGUUCUUGAUAGUAAUAGGGGUGCCUCUAGUCGCGGUGAUCGCACAGAAGUUUAUCGUGCGGUUACCGGUCAACAUCAUUGCGCCUUCGUAUGCCUUUCCGGAUGCUGGCUCGUGGAAUAUAUUGUAUGAUGCCAUCGUGGAACACCAGGACGUGAAAUUCACCGUCAUUAUCAAUCCGGAUGACGGGCCAGGGAACGGCACGCGACCGAGCUCAGAGUAUGUUGACGUCCUGAAUGCGUUGGAAGUGUAUCCGCAUGUACAGACACUUGGCUACAUACGCACCGACCGCGGUACCCGCGACAAUGCUACUGUGCGCGCCGAGAUUGCUACAUACAGUGAGUGGUCUAAGUUCCAGGACCUGAAGCUAAACGGGAUAUUCUUCGACCAGACACCGUACAAGGAUGAGGCGGACGCAAGCGAAUACCUCAGGAACAUCAGUGCGACAGUGCGACACUCGGAAGGCUUUCUCGAACCGAAGCUAGUCGUGCAUAAUCCGGGCUGCGUGCCAGAUGUCGGUCUGGUCCUUUAUAGGGCUGAUAUGAUUGUCGUGUUUGAAGGUGCCUAUUCGGACUUGCCAAGUCGCGAGCAGCUGAGCAACAGCGUCAAAAAGUUGGAACAGCAUAGUCUGCACAGGCAAAACUUUGGCCUGUUGAUCCACUCGACGCCAACUACUACUGGCGAUGUGCGUCUCCGGAAGGUGGUUGAUAAUGCAAGGCGUAGUGUUGAGUGGCUGUACAUUACUGACCUGACAGAGAACGUCUACGACGGGUAUGGCUCGCUGUUGGGGCAGUGGAUGAAUUUGAUCUGGUAG